AUGGAAAUCGACGUGAAACGACCACCUGUUGACAGGUAUAAUUUGGCCUACAUAUUCCUUUUUUUACAUGGUAUUGGAUUAUUGAUACCGUGGAAUGUGUUUAUUAAUGCUCGCGAGUAUUAUGUUGACUACAAGCUAAAUACAACAACAAGUUUCAAUGCCGAUUAUCGUAUCAAUCUUCUUAGUUAUUUUGGCUUUGCAGCACAUUUCCCGAACUUGUGUUUCGCUGCAUGGAACACAUUUUACCAAAGUGGUUCUGGAAACAAAAUCCACAUCAUUGUUCUUGCACUAACUAUUAUCCUGGCCUUGGUUGACACGUCGAACAUCCCGGGCACGUUUUGCUUCAUCACCAUAAUGAGUGUUGUAAUCAUAAAUUGUUGUGUGGGAGUUCAUCAAACAUUAACUUUUGGGAUAGCAGCAGGACUACCUAUGAAGUAUUCAAAUGCUGUUAUUGUUGGAUCUAAUGCAUGCGGUGCAAUUAUAUCAAUAGUGAAUAUUAUUACAAAAUCGUUAGCCAUGAGUCGAGAAAGAUCACAAAAGUCAAUAGUUGUUGCAGCUGUUAUCUUUUUCCUAUCUGCAGCUCUCAUUAUUCUCUCAUGUACAGUUACAUUCUUCUGGUUACAACGUUUAAAAUUCGUUCGUUAUUAUUCUAGACUUGGUGACAGAUGUAGUAAUCAUGGCCAAAAUGAAUCAAGCGGUCAUUCACAAAAUGUUAUUUACAACAACAACAACAACACCAACAGUAACAUUUCUAAAACUUACUAUAAUAAUAGUAGUAUGGAGAAAGCAGUCCAAGGAGAGUUGUUAAUAUCAACAGAUUUAAAAGAGAAUGGCAAUAAUAAUACCACUAAUAAUAAUAGUCAUGGUAUUAUGGAUCAUUAUAGUCCACAGAUAAGUAAAAAUGAUUACGAUGAAAAUGACUGGGACCCACCGUCAACUGAAUCACGUUUAGUAAUGUCUACAACAGUCACCUCUGCACCGCUGCUGACAUCUUCAUCAGUCAAUGCAAGUCCUGUUGAUGAAAAGCUGUCAAUACAUAAAACAAAUGAUAUAAGCAAUAAACAGAUACAACAGGAAGACGAAUUAUUGAUGACGACAAGUGUGAAGAAUUAUCGGUAUACACAGGAGAAUAGUUGGUAUAUGUUUCGAAAUUGUUUUGGUCUAUGCUGUUUCAAACCGCCUGGUGGUAAAGAAAGAUGUUUGGAUUAUUGGUCGAAAUAUACUCUAACUAUGAGAGAAUGUUGGAUACAUUGCAUAAAUAUUUGUGAGACCAAUCAAUCCAGACUAUUUUAUUUCACCUGUUUGGUUUGUUGA